UGUAUUUAGCUUAGCUGUCGUUACCAAAGACUUGUUGGCAGUGACGUUGUUUUUAGCUAGUUAGCUAUCUAGCUACCAGACUUUCUAUAUCCAAAAAGGACAUUGGCACCUAUUAUGGCAUCCUUCAAUGCACUUGGGAUGUCGGGCCCCGUGGAGAUUCGAGAAGAACCAACAACUCUGCGCUGCAGGAAAUGCCGCAAAUGCCUCAUAGACUCAACCAGCCUUCUUUCGAUAAUGAAUUCAGGACAGGCUGCUGCCAUGUGUAGUGUGUGGCAUGUCAAUGUGGAUUCACUGCCUGACUGGAUUCUAACAGCAGUAGAUCAGGUCCACUGGACCGCUGGGAAACUAAAUUGUCAGUAUUGUGGAGCUCGCCUUGGGGGCUUCAAUUUCCUUAACUGCUCAAAAUGUCCGUGUGGACACGAUACAGCUGUUCACCUGAGUAAAAGCCGUGUUGAUGAGGACUUCAGAAACUCGGUCCACUUGGCUCAACCAGUUAGGCUGAGAGGACAUCUGGACAGGUUAAAAUCGUAUGAGCUGGAGGAUCAACAGAGGGAACCGAUGGGAGCAGACAUCAGUGAGGAUUUCAGUGUUGACUCACCACUGGUCACCAGCUUACACCACACAGACGAAGAUCUCGAAGUGGGAUCCAGACAGUUGCCCCAAACAGAGGCGCUCAUUCUGCCCGGACCUUCUCUCCUUACCAGUUUUUCCCAGGCCUGCCCCACUGAGGCAGAGGAAAGGUCGGGCGGACGGGCGUCACCUGUGAGGUAUACUGACCCAGACUCUGGAGAGCAGAGAGGAUCUGAGAUGCCGGGGCCACCGGAGUCAGUGGGAGAAGAGGAGCGUUUGGAGCCGCCUGCUGGUGAUCUGCAGAGAAGAGAAGAUGAACCUGUAGAUUUUCUGUCCCACGGGACGAGAGCCUCUGUGGAGAGCAGUGUGGAGCUGGAGGACAACGCUGUCAGAGCGGUGGAGGAGUCUACCUUCACCUCAGACCAAAGACCUCUUACGAAGAGGGAGAGAAACCGUCUGAAGAGCCAGCGUCGGAAACAGAGAAAAAGGGAACGGUGGAUUCAAAGACAGCUGGAGGAGAGUGAAGAGGGCGUGAAGUGGAGUAUGACGUGCAGUGAGGAUGAGGAGAAAGAAGGGUACACCUGCGCAGUGUGUCUGGAUGUCUAUUUCAGACCCUACAUGUGUAACCCCUGUAGCCACGUGUUCUGUGAGCCCUGCCUGCGUACCCUGGCCAAGAACCGGCCCGGAAACACCCCCUGCCCCCUCUGCAGAACCAUCAUAUCGCAAGUGCUCUUUCAGAAUGAGCUUAACCAGGAAACUAGGACUUAUUUUCCAAAGGAAUAUCUCUCCCGAAAGCAGAGCUACCAGAGUAUAAACUAUGCCAAAUGGCCUCUACCCAGCUGUCCGAAGCGCUUCCGGAUUUUUUGGGGCUACCAGCGACACGAUAUCCCCGCUAGACGAUGGCACUUUGCUCACACGGCAUUCGGGUUCGAUAAUCUAGAUCUGUUGGAUAUGUGGGGCUGGCCUUUUGAAAGUAAUCUGGUCAUCAUCUCCAUUUAUUCUGUGCAUUGGCUCCUGGCUUCCUUUGUCUUCUGCUGCUUUUGCUAUUUUUUCUUCUGCUGA